GAUGGAUUGAAUCUUCUGUGUUGAAUGCCUCCGGAUUUCCUAUUGGAUUUCACGUCUGGAAAAUACGUUUGAUUGAAGCCACUCGGUGGCAGACUGAAUUGUGGGUCCAGGGGUCCCAAGACUUCAGACCUUGAGGAGGCAGCCACUGCUGAGUUGCGUUAACCCGACAUCACAGCCACAAUGGUGCUGUCACAAAGACAACGAGAUGAGCUAAAUCGAGCAAUAGCAGAUUACCUUCGUUCUAAUGGCUACGAAGAGGCAUAUUCGGUUUUUAAAAAGGAAGCUGAGUUAGAUGUGAAUGAAGAGUUAGAUAAGAAGUAUGCCGGACUUCUGGAAAAAAAAUGGACAUCUGUUAUAAGAUUACAAAAGAAGGUAAUGGAAUUAGAAUCGAAGCUGAAUGAAGCUAAGGAAGAGUUUACAUCAGGUGGACCUCUUGGUCAGAAACGAGACCCUAAAGAGUGGAUUCCUCGCCCUCCAGAGAAGUAUGCGUUGAGCGGACACAGGAGCCCUGUCACUCGGGUCAUUUUCCAUCCAGUGUUCAGUGUUAUGGUCUCUGCUUCAGAGGAUGCCACAAUAAAGGUGUGGGAUUAUGAGACGGGAGACUUUGAACGCACCCUUAAGGGGCACACAGACUCUGUGCAAGACAUUUCCUUUGACCACUCUGGCAAACUCUUGGCCUCCUGUUCUGCUGACAUGACCAUUAAGCUAUGGGAUUUCCAGGGCUUUGAGUGCAUCAGAACUAUGCAUGGUCACGAUCAUAAUGUUUCUUCAGUAGCCAUCAUGCCCAAUGGAGAUCAUAUAGUUUCUGCCUCAAGGGAUAAAACUAUCAAAAUGUGGGAAGUCCAAACAGGUUACUGCGUGAAGACUUUCACGGGGCACAGAGAAUGGGUGCGCAUGGUGCGGCCUAACCAGGAUGGCACCUUAAUUGCCAGCUGUUCUAACGACCAGACAGUGCGCGUGUGGGUGGUAGCGACGAAGGAAUGCAAAGCUGAGCUCCGAGAACAUGAGCACGUGGUAGAAUGCAUUUCCUGGGCUCCCGAGAGCUCGUACUCCACCAUAUCAGAAGCUACAGGAUCAGAGACUAAGAAGAGUGGCAAGCCUGGGCCUUUUCUGCUGUCUGGAUCCAGAGACAAGACCAUUAAGAUGUGGGACAUUAGCACUGGCAUGUGCCUUAUGACACUUGUGGGCCAUGAUAACUGGGUACGUGGCGUUCUGUUCCAUUCUGGAGGAAAGUUUAUUUUGAGCUGUGCCGAUGACAAGACUCUACGCGUCUGGGACUUCAAGAACAAACGAUGCAUGAAAACCCUCAAUGCGCACGAACACUUUGUUACCUCUUUGGAUUUCCACAAGACGGCACCGUACGUGGUUACUGGAAGUGUAGAUCAAACAGUAAAAGUGUGGGAGUGCCGUUGAUUGAAUUCACAUUUGACCCCUUUUUCCUCUGGAUGCACUCAGAUACCAUGGUUACCCAUUGAGCUCUGUUUAAAUAAAUAUUGUCCUUUCAUGUAAAUUAUUCUGGAUGUAGAUUGAGCUUAUUAAAUGUUACACACAAAGUAUUCAUGCAUGGUGAAUCCAAAUUGUAUACUGUAAAUUUACAUACGUUGUCUAGAAGUACCAUAGGUUUAAGAACAUGGGCUGGCAUUGGUCACAUCAGACCUGAGAAGGCAGAAGUUGGAUAAUUGAAAUAGGGCACUUAACUGAAUAGUUGACAGUGUCGUUUAUGUCGGAUAAUUAUUCCUGUUUUUCUUUCUGCUGUCUGUUGGUGCCUGAACUGGUGACCUCAUUUGGGAAAAGUUUUGUAGGGCUCUUUCAGAAUUGUGUAUCUAUGUAACAUCACUUAAGUGUGCUUAAUAAAUCUUCUCUAAGAAUACUA